UACUUCAACAGCUCAAAUCGUUCCAUUGUAUUUGACAGAAAUCAGCUGUUCCAUCGUUUAGAAUACAUAAAUUUUGGUGUAUUUUACAAUAGACUAAUUAUAUUGAUUUAUACAACAAUUUCAACAAAUUAUCUUCGCAAUAUUUAUACAAACAUGAUUCUCACUAAUAUUAGAAAUUACAAAAAGGAAGCCAUUAUCUCAUUUUCGUCCCUAACCUAAAAUUCAACAAUAAAAUAUGUAAUGCAUCAAAUUUCAAAAGAAUUAUAGACUAUAGUAAAAUAUUUUCCAGUAUAUAAAAACUGUAAUUUUAGUAUAUAAUCAAGAAACAUGAAACCCGAGGAAAUUCUUGAAAAUAUUUUUGGAAAAGAUUGUUUGGACUUUUCGGAGACAUUGAGUACAACUAAAUUAAAGGAUAGCAAUGCAACAUUAUCCAGGUCCGUUCAAAGUGUAAAUUUGAUGGAACAGUACAUAAAGUCAACUUUGUCGAAGAAAAAAGUGUUGGAAAAUUCGAAAGAUACACGCAUAGGUCGAUUGGGUCCAGAUAUUGUAAAAUUUGAAGUUUCUAGUGCACCAGGACUUUAUCAUUUGUCACCCGAUCGUCUUAGUGUCAAUUCUCAGGGAACAUUUAGUACAAUUCGAGCCAAUGUGGCCGUUUUUAAGGGAAAAUGGAUUUAUGAAUUGCAACUCGGGACAAAAGGCAUUAUGCAAGUUGGUUGGGGAACUUCCAAAAGUAAAUUCAAUCAAGUCGCUGGAGUUGGUGACGAUCCAUGUUCGUACGCAUACGACGGGAAUCGAAUUAAAAAAUGGAAUGUUGCACCGGAAAAAUAUGGAGAGCCAUGGUUGUCGGGUGAUAUAAUUGGUUGUGCUCUCGACAUGAGUAUAGGGACAAUUGAUUUCUAUAGAAAUGGACGAGCAUUAGGUCGUGCCUUUGAAAAUGUCACAAUGGGUUCUGGUUGUGCGUAUUUUCCAACAGUUAGUUUGGCAUUGAGCGAAAAUUUAACGGCAAAUUUUGGCGCUACACCUCUUCAUUAUCCUGUCGACGGUUAUGAGACACUUGAAGCAUUACCGCGCGAGCAACUCGAUAAAGCGACUCUGCUCUAUAAAUGGUUUGCAAAUCUUAUCGAGCAAAUUCGUCAAAUGAAGGAGUCGCCGGGUAAAUAUUUCACUGGCGACAAUGCAAUGAGUGUUCGCGCUUUUCUCGUUUGUCUCGCUAGAUUGAUUCUAAAACAUCUCGGACCACUUCUCAAGGAACCAUACGUGACAGUUGCACUUUUCGUCCCAUUCGUGAGGCGACUUUGUGGAAUCAAAAAGGAAUCGGCAUUAAAUUUAGUAAAAAAGAAAGAAAGUGGCGAGUGUGAAUUGAUGAUUUGUCUCGAUUUAUUGUGGACAUUCUUGGAAUCGCAGGAAAUUCAAGCAUGUCUCGAAAGUACAGUAAUAUAUUUGUUGUCUGAAUUUCGUCAUGUUUCAUUACUUUUGGAAUAUCCGGAUCAAUGUAAAAGUCUCGCAUUAUUGACUUGCUUUUGUCGACACGCAAGAACACGUCGACAUUUAUUGCAAAAUGUUCUCUUUGAUCGCGUUCGUUUCGCGAAUUUUGUUCAUGUGAAGCCUCUCGAUGAAAUUGGCUUGGCCGAAGUUGUCAGCGAGACUUGGUGGGAAACCGAACCAAUUGAUCCACAUGUUGAGGAAAAUAACGAACGAUAUCAGCGGGCCUGCGAAUUAAUCGAGUCCUCAGUUUCCGAAGUGGAAGCGUUGCAAGUGGAAUUGCUAGUCACGCUUUUGGACAAUAGCGAUGGAACAGAAAAAUUACCAACGUCGCGAACGAUUUUUCUGCGGAAAUUUCGAAGUUUUGUGCACGAAAAUUUGAUCUCAAUUCGGGGCGUUUUUCAGACGAUUCCAGCACUGAAAACUCCAUUGCCAAUUACUCUUUGUUGCUUUCAUCGACUACUGGUCGCUUUUCGUAUUCUCUGGGACGCGGAAGUUGGCACAAAUCCCGUCUGCAUUCCCUGCAGAACAUUUUACGAUGGAUCGGUGAAUUACAGUGGAAUCGAUCGACUCGGUGGUGUAAUAUCGCACUUGAAUAAAACUUAUCGAAACGAAUUGGUGCAUCUAUUGGGUCCGGAACAUGAGAUUGUCCUGGGCCUUGAACAAAGUCAAGAAACAACGUCAACUUUUGUGGGAACAUCAAAUCGAAUUGCCGAUAUGCCUGUAAUAAUUCCAGCAGUCGCACGGAUCUUUAAUAUGGGUAAUAGCGUAGUUCCUUUGUGGGAAAGACUCGGCUAUUUUCCCUACAGUCGCGAGGAUAGAUCACCGAUGCGCCUUGGUCCCGCAAAUCCUGCACUAUCGCUACUCGAAUUACUCGAUGGAAUUGUGCUAUUUUUUCAUGUUGCCGCGAAAAAGCAAAUCGCAAAAGUCGCCAGUCUUCGUGACAGUAUGGACGAGUACAUCAAGGCAAUGGGAGAAAUAAAGUCACGAUUGAAAAUUGUCGAAAAGAAAGCCGAUCCUGAAUCGGAAACCGUUCGCGAACAGCUGCUCAGGACAAUGGAGAUUUUUGACACGAAACUCGCAGAACAAGCGCGACACAUGGCAUGGGUACGAGCUGCGGUUUACACCAAAGAGAAACAAUUGCAAUUAUCCUGGCUCUUGAAGUCAAUUCUCUUGACAUUGAGAACAGCAAGCGAGGAGGGUGAUAUGUUCAGUUUUGUGCCGGAUUUCUAUCUCGAGGCAUUGGCCGAUUUAAGUCUUGGACUUCGAUCGCACGUUCAUCCAACUGUGCCAAUUGAAAAAAUUCCCCAGUAUCGGGAAAUAUUACGCGAUGUGGCGCAGUUUUUGUGUGAUCAUUUUCUUGAUUCCCGAAUUGUUCAGGCAAAUGCAAAGGACACAUUGGUAUUGACACUGGCAUCAUUUGUCUCUAAACCCUUAACUCUAAACGCAAUGGAAAGUGUCGCCGAGGAAUCAAAAAUGAAUGUUGUCGCAAGUUUAUUGCGUCCCUAUGAGAAUCGUGCCUGGGCGCAAUCUAACUGGAUUUUGGUUCGUUUCUGGCAGGGAAAUGGUUUUGCAUUUCGGUACAAAGUCAGUCCUCACAUGGAGCACAAGGUUGGACCGAAAAUUUUUCCUCAGGAGUCGAUCUCGCAAUCGAUCAAGCCUUGCCCGUCUUCUUUGUUUCAAAAGCAUGUACGAGAUGCUUUGCUCAAUAAUUCACAGAGAUCGAUGCAAUUCAUUAAUUCACUGUUAAAUCAAUUGAAUUGGGCUUUUUCGGAAUUUAUUGGUAUGAUACAAGAAAUUCACAAUGCAUCAUUACGACCCGAUACCGUUUUCAUUGAGUCACGACAAUUAAAAGUGGGUGCCACUUGUUUUGAAUUAGCAAUUUCGUUGCUCAGAGUUUUGGAAAUGUUCGCCACUAUCGCCAAAAUUGUUUUCACCGAUAAUUUAUUGGCUCGACUUUGUCAGCUAUUGUGCAACAUUUUGAACAGAGUGAGUUCACAGACAAGCAGCUUUCAACAUGUGGUGUUAAUGGCAAUUCCCGAUCUGGAUAAGGUCGAUCAUUUUCCAAUAUUGGCGGUUGUAAUAGGCAUUUUAUUGGCUCUCCUGGAGGAAGAAAUAAAUGACGUUUCCAAAAAUGGAGAAAUGUCCAGAAUUACAAAAACUUUACUGUUGGAACCGAGUUUUCAAAUGAGCUCUCUCAGUUACGUUCUAGGCGAGUCAAAAACUAAGAACCAAAAAUCGAAAAACGUCAAGCCUUUUUCAUUCGCCGACUAUAAAAAUGACGUGACCGAAGAGGAAAUCACGCGGGUGCGAUUAAUGAUCGACUAUUUGGAUCGAGUGAAUCGAAAUUUGCCAGAGACAAAAUUGACGAGUGACGAUGAAAAUACCUGUACAAUUUGUUAUGCAUUUCCAAUUGCCGCGAUAUUCAAGCCGUGCAAUCAUCAAUCGUGUCGUGCUUGCAUCGAUCACCAUCUAUUGAAUAGUAGAGAAUGUUUUUUCUGUAAGACAAAUAUCGAAAAAGUCAUUGAUCUCGAACAUAUUAUUAUUCAUGAUUUCACUCAAAAUUCAAUCUCGUGAUCUCAACGAAAUUCUCAAUCAAUAUCGAAGUCUAUUUUUUUUAGACCCUGGUGUAAAUAAUAAUGAGAAGGUAAUGUUCUAUAAACCAAAGAGAGAGAAGGAGAGAGAGAAAUUGUAUCACAAGUACUUACGAGUCGAAUUAAUUGGAAAUUUGAAACCAAAGCUUACACCUUAAAGAAUGUAGAGAAAAAAAGAAUAUUUAAAGUAUUAAAAAUAUACAACGAAAGUUAUGAGAUA